AGCAGGGGUGAUUCCCUAUUUACCCAUAAUGUCUGGCCGUGGCAAACAAGGGGGCAAGGCCCGCGCUAAGGCCAAGUCGCGCUCAUCCCGCGCCGGCCUACAGUUCCCGGUUGGCCGCGUGCACCGCCUGCUGCGCAAGGGCAACUACGCGGAGCGUGUGGGCGCCGGCGCGCCGGUGUACAUGGCGGCCGUGCUGGAGUACCUGACGGCUGAGAUCCUGGAGCUGGCGGGCAACGCGGCUCGCGACAACAAGAAGACGCGCAUCAUCCCGCGCCAUUUGCAACUAGCCGUGAGGAAUGACGAAGAGCUCAACAAGUUACUAGGAGGGGUCACCAUCGCGCAGGGCGGCGUCCUGCCCAACAUCCAGGCUGUCCUGUUACCUAAGAAAACCGAGAGCCACAAGCCUGGCAAGAACAAAUGAGUCACUUGACACCUUUCCACCCUCCAAAAGGCUCUUUUAAGAG